CUCGUUGUCGCUGCCGCCUUCACGAUGGUCGGCGUCUUCGCCAUCCUCACCGCCGUCGUCGUCCACGGCAUUGUGGCCCGCCGGCGCCUUGGCAGCCCGCUUCUUAAGGAUGGGGACAAACUCGAACCCGUUGGUGGCAAUGUAGUUCUGGACGGCUUCGGCCGACUUGACAUGGAGCGCCUGCACUGCCUCGGAGGCGUUUGCGCCCGUCUCGGACAGGAGCGCCUCCCGCUGGCCAUCUUCGGCCCUCAACACCACGGCCUUGUAGUUGCCGAGGGGCUCCUUGGCAAUGACCAAGGAGAGGACGGCAUCCGGACGGCUGAAGAACCUGCAGUUCUCUGUGUAGACAAAAAGGGACCAUCAGCCACGAGACGGGUCACAUGAGAGGGAGAUCGGCAGCCGGUGAGGGGGCCAGCCAGUGGGAGAGGGCAAUAUCUAUGCAGCUUGCUGGCCGCACGUCAGCCACAGAGCGCCACUCACCAAUCGUCUGAGAACGCAGGUCCAGGGGGGAGCCCGAGGUCACUGGAGCCAUUUUGGACCGGUGGGUAGCUAGUAGCAAGAUAUUUGGAGCCAGGUCGAGACGGAAGACGGAAACUAUCAUUUGCUGUUGGACAUCCGACCCUCGUAUACGAGAAGAGCAGGCUUCGGCUUUCCCCUUUUCCUCUCGGCGAGUGUUUUGAGUCAGGGGGAGGGGAAGAGAAGCCUACUUAUACGCUGCCGGCGCGACUUUUCGGACGGUGAUUCAGGCAACAGGACUCAGACAGAAAUAGAGAGUGAUCACCGUUUUCUUUUUUUUUUUUUCCUUUUUUUGGGGGCACGGAUAGGGG